CACAAACUCUCUCUCUCUCUCUCUCUCUCUCUCAAAUGCGCACGCGCCCACACACUCACGAUUAAGUCUUAUUCUCCAAGUGUUGGGAUAUAUUAAGACCUUGUAACUGUAAAACAGUGAUACAUCGUCCUUCGUUACAUAGUACAGAACAUCUAUCGAUCUCUACAACAAUAAAUAUUUCAUCUUCCUUGCUUGAAAACCCAAAAUUUCAUCACGCCCAGUACAAGGAGGAAGCUGUUCUCACGCACCACUUUCUCCAUAUGGGCCUUCCAAUUUCAGAACCACGUUCCCCUGAUACUUCAACCAUCAUCUCAUUUUCAGAUGCUCAACCAUGCCAGAAACCCAUUUCGGGAAUCCCAAAGGGGGGAGGACAACAAGAACAAGAUCAGAAAAGCCCGCCAGGCUCAAAUCCUGAUCUUGUGUUGGAUCUAAGCCUCUUCAGCAAGGAUCCCAAUCACGGUUCGAAGCCAGAACUCAAUCUCAUCGAUUCAGUCGAUGUAAACUCAUCGAGAACGUCUUCGGACACUCCUCCAGGUCAAGGUUAUGAAACCGAGCCCCGGGUUUUCUCAUGCAACUAUUGCCAAAGAAAAUUCUAUAGCUCACAGGCACUCGGAGGGCAUCAAAAUGCGCAUAAACGAGAGCGGACACUGGCAAAAAGAAGUCAGAAAAUAGGUGCAGCUUUUGGAAACCGAUACCCUAUCAUGGCUUCUUUACCUUUGCAUGGUUCUUUCAAUAGGUCUCUUGGGAUUCAGGUACACUCCAUGAUUCAUAAGCCCUCCUACCAGUCAUCUAACUUUGGCUCCCCUUAUCUGUAUGGACAAAAUGGGUGGUCAAGACAGUCGAUUGAUCAACAACCAGCCAUUGGGCGGCUUGCAACGGAGAAUUUUCACACGGGAAUGGCAGUGGCGUCGUCCGGGACUGGUGGGGCUGUAAGAUUCGACAGCAGCCGGAAGUUCACUCCGGCAACUGAUGGAGGGUUUUGGUGGGAUAGGGUUGGCCGUUUGAGGACUAAACAAGAUGAGUUGCAGAAGCUCGACUUGUCCCUUAAACUCUAACUACAUACAUGACCACUCUCUCUCUGAUCUCGUUAGUUGGGUUUUUUUUUUUUUUUUUUUCCCAUUUAUCUGUCUCCUUUGUUCUUCAUUGAUUUAGAGGUGAUUUUUCAAUUUUAUGUUCAGUUUCAACUUUUGUAAAUGCUUUUUGGCUAAAGAACAAGAGAUCAUUCUGUAGCUUUGGCUUCGCAAUUCAUAACUUGGAAAUUAAUGAUCA